CCCGGAAGUUAUGGCCGCGUAACGCCCGUUAGUUAUUGGUACCUUGCAUAAAAUCAGAUCGAACAGCGCCCCGCUGGCCGUGCCGCGCCCUGCCACUGAUGGAGGGCGGCGCAAGACAAUGUCUAUUGAAUACCCGCCGCGGAGAGCCUCGCCUGUGAAAUCAUUUCUCGCCGGCUUUCCAACUGCCAAAAAUAACACGGUGAACCUCCUACCGCCAUCAUGACCCUCCACUCCGUCCUCGGCAUACCCCGCGUCAAGAAGCGCUCAUCCUCGUCUGCAACGAAGCGCUCUUCAUCGUCUGCAACCCCGACAUGGACGGCCUCGUUAGCCCGGACAAAACCUGGCACCGGCACCACCAGGACCAGUUCCAACAAGGCUGUUCAGCCCAGAGACGAUUCAAGUGACCGAUACCACCAAAGACUGCCCAAUCUCGGCCCCGCUUCUCUUCCCGUCCCAUUACCAUCUCUCCCGACCUCUGGAGGAACGGCGUCGGCGUCGGCGCCAAACCCAGUCGAGAUCCACGAGCACAUCCUCGCCACCAUGUUCUCCCCGCUUCCCGGGAACGGCACCGGCAAGGGACUCGGCUCGGCGCGGAUCGCCGCCGUCCUACAGUUCCGUGCCGCCGUGCCCCGCGUCGUCUCGGUGCCCCACCUGCUCCAGGCGCUGCGAUCUUGCUCCUCUUCCUCCUCCUCCUCCUCCUCCUCCUCACCGGCGGCGGCGGAGCGCGCGAUCGCCGCUACGGUGCGCCGCGGCGAGGGCCGGCGCGUGCGCAUCCCGACCCUGGCCGGCGGUGCCGCGGGCGCCGAGCUGUUCGUGCGGGCCGCCGAGCUGGAGGCGCUGGUCGGCCGGUGCGCGGCCCUCCGCGAGGACCGCGUCGGCGACCGGUUCCUCGCCUGGCUGGGGCAGAACCCCGGGCGGGAGAGGCUGGUCGAGGGGGAGGGCGGGCUCGGGAGGAGGGAGGUGGACGCGCUGGUCAAGGCCGGGUUUCUGACGGCGGUGAACGGUCACGGGACCUGCGGUGGCGGUUCCGCCACGGGCGGGGCCGCGCUACGGGCGAGGCCGGAGGCGAGGUACAACACGGUCAGCCUCGAGACGGUGGCGCGGGCGGCCGCCGGGUCGGCUGCCGCAGUCGGCGGGGAAGGGGUGCUGCAUGCGGCCGGGGGUACCGGGGCGAGGAGGUUGGGGCCGGCGGCCGAGGAGCCGGCGGGCAGCGAGUUCAGCGUCGCGGUACCCGGGAGCGGGGUGUUCCUCAAGCUGGCGUCGGCCGCGCUGGAGCACCUGGCGGACCUGCUGAGGAGGACGCCGUACCGGGAGCUGCCCGAGUCGGACCUGCGCGAGAAGUGGGACGGCGGCGUCGUGGGCGACAGCGACAUCGCCCAGGCCAAGAAGUCGAGGGGCGAGUUUGCGGGCGUCAUGCCGGGCCGGACCAAGAAGUGGAAGGAGUUUCACGGCUUGGCGUUCGACUGGGUGCUGCGCGAGGCCGUCGGUGCCGGCAUGGUCGAGGUCUUCGAAACGCAGACCGUCGGCCGCGGCGUGCGUCUGGUUUGAAUAGCUCAGGGGUGAAUAUCACGUUGCCCGAGCGGUACAACAAGCAGACUUGUUGAGUUCCUCGAGAUGCGGCUCGGGUGGUGGCACACCUAGCCCGGGGACCCUGAGCGUUACUGGC